CGGUAGCUCAGCGAUCGAGUACGGUUUUUCUCCCAACGCACCUUCAGGAUAACGCAAUCAGAGACACAAAUCUGUCCACAUCAUGAAGCUGCUCGCAGGAUUAAUGGCGAUGGCUCUGGUGACGUGCGUGCUGGCGGCUCCUUUAGAUGAUCCCGCAAACGCCGAGAUCCUGCGAUACAGCAGCGAAAACAUCGGCAUCGAUGGAUACCGCUUCGAAUUCGCGACCAGCGAUGGCACCAGCCGCACGGAGCAAGCCGAACUGCGCAACGCCGGUACGGAUGGUGAGGCGCUUGUGGUGCGCGGUUCCUACUCCUACACCGGCCCGGAUGGUACGGUUUACGUGAUCAACUACGUGGCGGAUGAGAACGGGUACCAGCCGGAAGGUGCACACAUUCCGAAGUAGUUUGGAAUCGCCUUUGACGAUAGGCGAUAAGCCGCCGAGAACCAGCCGGUCAGCAGAUGGAGGCGCUCCAUUCUAACGCUAUUCUAAUGCCAGUUCGAUGCCGCUCUGGUUAACUGAUGAGAGCAAAUAAAAGCAAUCUAAACUUCUCCA